GGUGCCUGGGAUGGUGAAGCUAUGGCGAGUAAAGGGAUUAUAUUUGUAUCAAUCAACUAUCGUCUUGGACUUCUCGGUUUUUUCACACAUCCAGCAUUGCGGGAAGAAGAUCCAAAGCUUCACGGAAAUUACGGGCUUCUAGACCAAAUAUUUGCUAUAAAAUGGGUAAAAAACAAUAUUGCCAACUUUGGAGGAGAUCCUGAACGAAUUACUGUUGGAGGACAAUCUGCCGGUAUUAUUAGGUUUAAAAAUUGCUGACAU